AUGAUCUCGCUCCAAGGUCCGCAGACGGACGUCCUGGUGCCAAAGACAGAGCACGAGCCCGGACGCGUUGGGAGCUCCCUCAGCUUGCCUCCCUCGCAGCGCUCAGAGUCUGCGAGCUAUGACUAUGACUUCCAAGGAGGAGAUCAUCACCCGGACGACAUUGUCGAGCAUCUGGACGUAAUCGACCCACAGAUCUCCACAGUGGCCAUGCUCACAAACGCCGCAAAUGCGAUCGUGAUACCCCCGUUGGAAUGGUACUCCCGUAAACCGGUCGUCGUGCUUCCUCGCAGGCGGCGACGGAAGCAAGCGACGAAGGACGGAUCAUCGGCUGCAGAGAAAGGCGAAGCGGGCCAAAAUGAGAAUGCGGAGGACGAUGAGGACAACCUCGACCUGCACGUUGAGGACGUGCUCCGGAAGCGCGACCGCGCCCGCAGAGUGGGGCGGGGUGUCUGGUCGUUCGUGAAGACUCCACUCGGUGUUAUCACGGCGAUAUAUGGUUUCCUCGUCGUCUUCUGGGGCACCGCGCUCGUGUUCUUCCUCGCGCGCUUCAUCAAUGUGCACAACGACAACACACAAGACUUCUGGGUGGAGGUCUGCCAACAGAUCGAAACCGGUCUGUUCUCCUUGACGAGUAUCGGGCUAGCGCCGUUUCGGAUCGUGGACACCUACCGUAGGGUCGGCAAGAUCUGGUGGUACAAGCGAAAGACGGAGAAGCUCCGAUAUGCCGCCGGCCUCCCGGAACUGUACGACCCUAAUGACCUGCCCGACCCGCAAUACGACGCGAACUUCGUCCCGGUCUUGACUGAGGAAGAACAAAUCGACUGCAUUAUCGUGAGCCAGCACAUGUUUAUGCAGAGCCAGACGUGGUACCGACCGCAUGGGACGCAGACCCAUAGGGCGUUUCCAGUCGACACGGCCGUCUGGAUCACCGGUAUGAACGAUCUCAACAGCUUCUUUCAGAUCCUCCUCAGUGGUUGCAUGUGGGGCCUCAACCGCUUCCAACGCCCAGCCUGGACAACCGCCACGACCCUCCCGCUCGCAUUCAUCGCAGGCAUCGUCGCGGGCGUGCUCAUCUGGUGGGGCAGCAAGAAGACCAAGCGCGUCAGAGAAGUGACCGACCGGCUGACGAUGAUCCUCGCGCUCGAGCCCUCCGCCGCCUCCGCCGCCUCCACCACCGGCCCCAGCGCUGUCGUCCUCAGCGAGAAGGCGACGCCCUCGCAGCGCCCAGAGCCCGGGACGCAGGUCGCCGGAGACGGCUCGCGUGUGGCUCCCGCGCACGCCGCGUCGCGCGAGCCGGACACGAAGCCGCAGAGGAAGGACUACGCGGACGCGACGGUGGGGAGUGUGGAGAACACCCGACGGUGA